AUUUUUUAGGGUUUAGAUAAUUUUGCCUGUAAAAACAAUUUUUUAUGGGUAUAAAUGGUAAUUUCAUUUUUCUCUGGGUAGAUAUGUCAGCGUUUUCAACUUUCGUGGGUACAAAUGAUAGUUUACUCUUUUAAAAAUGAUCAACUAGGUCCUCAACUUCCAAAAACUCGACUCUCAUUAGUCAUUGGCUAAACUUUCAUCCCAUAAUCGUUAGUGCAGUGCUGACAUAGACGGUUAAAUGCGUUUUGCCUCUCUAAUAGAUACUAUUUAGUUGUUGUAACAUAAUUUCAAAUACCAUAUCGACCAAUAUAUGAUGGCAUUUAAUUGUCCAUAUCAACAUUACAGUUAUAGUUGUGAGAGAGAAGUUUGGUUAAGGACCAAUGGAAGUCACAUUUCUGAAAGUAAAUGACUGACUUGUUCAUUUUGAAAAGUCAUAGGCCAAAUUGAUUCUUCAGUUCAAUUUCAAGGGUCAAAAUAAACAUUACUAUAUAAAUUAUUUGUUACUUUUUUUUAGAUGCGAAGGACAAAUUCGUCAUUUUCAAGGAUUUUGAGAGAAGACUUUGUCCCUUUUCUUUUUCAGUAUAAUUUACAGAUUUAACAGAUCAAUUUUAUUGGUCAUUGCUAUCUUUCAUGCAAGUUGCCUUUAUGGAAGCAGCUGAUAUGCUUGUACAUAGCAGCUCCAUAUUCUUGUGCAGGGAGUAUUUAUCUAAGAAAUUCUCAGUUUAUAGGGGCAUUAUCAUAAAUGGAGAGAAUAUACACUAUGGCACGCCUAUAAAUCCUUGUGCUGCAGAUCGGGUUCCCGGAGGAUCUUCUAGCGGCUCUGCUGUCGCCGUUGGUGCAAAACUGGUUGAUUUCUCCUUAGGAACCGACACGGGAGGAAGUGUAAGAGUGCCUGCAUCUUACUGUGGGAUCUUUGGCUUUCGUCCUUCUCAUGGCGCUAUUACAGAAUCUGGAGUUACUCCUAUGGCACAAAGCUUUGAUACUGUGGGAUGGUUUGCUAGGGAUCCAAAGACUUUCACCAGCGUUGGACGCAUACUACUACAGCUGACAGAAGUCUCAGCUGUUAGAGCUACUCGCAUAAUCAUCGCAGAUGACUGUUUUCGGCUUUCAAGCACUCCAUUUGAUUUAAUUACACAAGUUGUCACUAAAGCUGCAGAGAAGCUAUAUGGAGGUGAUGUACUAAAGCACGAAAAUCUCGGCGACUAUGUGAAGGACAAUGUUCCAAGCUUGAACCAUUUCAUGACAAAAGAGAAGACAGACCAAGUAUACAAUAUUCCAUCACUGGCAGCUCUUUCAAGCGCAAUGAGAUCGCUUCAGAGGUUUGAGUUCAAGAGUAAUCAUGGUGAGUGGAUCAGUGCAGUUAAACCAAAUUUAGGUCCUGGAAUAUCUGAACGUGUAUCAGAAGCCUUAUAUGCAACAGGGGAAGAUACUGAUAUCUGCCAUGCUAUAAGAAGGGAGCUGCGCGAUGCUCUUACUUCUCUUCUUGGGGAUUUUGGUGUUCUCAUGAUCCCAACAGUACCAGGGUCUCCACCAAAGCUACAAACAGAUCCAUCUGAAUUAGAAGUUUUUCGAGCAAGGGCAUUUAGCUUGCUGUCCAUUGCUGGAGUCUCUGGAUUUUGCCAGGUAACCAUACCCUUGGGGAUGAAUAAUAACCUUCCUAUAUCAGUUUCACUGUUGGCCAAACACGGUGCAGACGGAUUCUUGCUUCACCUUGUCGAGAAUCUUUAUGACAGCAUUAAGCAAGAGGAAGCAGCAGCAGUGUCAAAUCCCAAGAAUAUAAGUUAACUACAAUUAAAUUACAAGGAUCUCGCUGUACGUUAUAUCAAUAUAUGUCCCAAGUUCUUGACAAAAUAAAUUUAUGCAAGUUUAGAGAGCUUCUAAUCAUAGAACACAUUUUAGUCCCAAUUUGAUGGUUCUUGAAGAAUGGGAUAUAGAACAUUGAAUUCUCUUUGACUUUGACCUUCCCAACGUCAGUUUAGAUAGUUGUUUCAUUCAUAGGAGUAUGAAUCAUAUUGUGGUCUUGAAAAGUA